AUGGCGGAAGUUCUUAUUUCGCAUGGUGCGAAUAUCAACGAAAAAGAUAAUCAGGAGUAUACAGCUCUUGAUUUUGCAUCAAGGCUUAAUCGCACAGAAAUAGUUGAACUUCUUAUUUCGCAUGGUGCGAAAGAAUAA